UGCCGGUGCCGGGGCGAUGGCGGCGCCCGGCGGCCGCGGGGGCCCGGGCUGGAGGGUCCCGCUCCCGGCGAGGGGCGUCCCGGCCCCGGCCCUCUGAGGGCUCCCGCUCACGGCCCUCUGACGGGUCUCCGCCCCGACCCUCCGAGGGGCGGCCGCCGCGUGUGCCGCGGGUCCCGGGCUGGGCUCGGGCCGCCGGCCCGGCGGCGGGGGGGCCAUGGCCACCCGGCGUCUCACGGACGCGUUCUUGUUGUUGCGGAACAACGCGGUGCAGAGCCGGCAGCUGCUGGCCGAGCAAGUGAGUAGUUUCGGCUCCUCCAGCCCUCUGAAUUCACGUAGCAUGGCUGCUGCGCUGGCUGAUGAUCGCAUGGCCCUGGUGUCGGGAAUCAGCUUAGAUCCCGAGGCRGCCAUCGGAGUGACAAAGCGCUUACCUCCCAAAUGGGUCGAUGGAGCAGAUGAAAUUCAGUAUGAUAUUGCCAGGGUUAAACAGAAGAUGAAAGAAUUAGCCAGUCUUCAUGAUAAACAUCUAAAUAGACCCACACUGGAUGACAGCAGUGAAGAGGAACGGGCAAUAGAAAUAACAACCCAAGAGAUCACACAGUUAUUCCACAGAUGUCAGAGAGCAGUCCAGGUGUUGCAGAGCAGGUCACGUAGCUGUACAGAACAAGAAGCACGUGUUCUCAGGAAUGUAGUGUCUUCCUUAGCACAGUCCCUUCAGGACCUCUCCACCAACUUUAGGCAUGCACAGUCUGACUAUCUCAAACGUAUGAAGAAUAGAGAAGAAAGGUCUAAACACUUCUUUGACACCUCAGUCCCACUGAUGGAUGAUGGGGAGGAUGAUACCCUUUAUGAUAGAGGUUUUACUGAUGACCAGCUGGCAUUGGUGGAGCAGAACACACUGAUGGUGGAAGAGAGGGAACGAGAAAUCCGMCAGAUUGUGCAGUCAAUCUCCGAUCUCAACGAAAUAUUUAGGGACCUGGGAGCAAUGAUAGUAGAACAGGGAACAGUUCUAGAUAGAAUUGACUAUAAUAUUGAACAGUCAUGUAUGAAAACUGAAGAGGGUCUAAAACAACUGCAUAAGGCAGAGCAAUAUCAAAAGAAGAAUCGGAAGAUGCUUGUUAUUUUAAUUUUGUUUGUUAUAGUAAUUGUCCUCAUUGUUGUUCUUAUUGGUGUAAAGUCACACUAGGUUUCGCUUCAUUUUCUCAUUUUUGGAGUUUCUGUGAACUUUUUUCCCAAUGUGAAUGGAUGGACCUGCACUCCAGAAAGCUGCCUUUGUACGAGCCCUUGUGGUGCAACGUCUGUGCAAUGUUUCUGUAGAAUUCUUCAAAGUACAAGUUUGGUGACCUGUGAGGUGUUUGUAAGGAUUAUAUGGAAAAUGUCAGGAAAUUUGAUGCUCCCACAUGAAAAAAAAAUUGGCGCUCUAUGCAGAGGUAUUUGGAAAUAGCAUACUUAAGAAUAAUUAAAAAUUGAAGUUUACCAGUGACUACAGUAAUUAGUGUGUUACUGUGARCAAAAAUGUGUUGUCUUCUAUAUUCUUAUGUCAGAAUCGUUGUAGGCUUCAAAUUUAAGCCAUGUUACUGAGUCAGUGGGACUGGAUAUCAAAAAUUGAUCUAUGUGUAAAAUACGUUGAGACACAAAAUUGUUUGAUUGAAUGCCCUUUCUUCCAGACUCAAAAACUCCAAAGAACUGGAUAGACAGCUAAAAAAGAAAGCUUUUAGCAACCAGAACGUAAUCCAACCCCUGUGAUCUUAAUUUAGAUACUGCACCAUUACUAAGAAUCAGUGGUACUUGAUCUUGUAAAUAACAAGAUGUAAUCACUGGCAUAAUUUAACAUGUUUAGUUAAUUAAAAAAUUUUCUGAGCUUGAGUAAUCAUGGGAAUGAUUUUCCUUCAUGGGGUUGAUCAUAUAUUUUUUUCAUGCAUAAUUUUUUUAGUUUAAAGUACAGACAUUACAUUAAAGCAGCUGUGAAGUUUAGCUGAAAAAAUAGAGUAGAAACCCAAAAAGAGAAUCUCUCUGGCCUGCUGUAGUGGGUCUUGGAUGUUUCAAACUGUAACUGCUGUAUAAGCUGUUUAUUUUAUAGUGCAUUUGUCCAUAUGGGUUAUGUUUUUUGUGUAAGAAGUGGCUACACUACAGUAGAUAUUACAUCCAUUUUCCCUGACAGAAGAUUCUCUUUCAAAUGUCUGGAAGAGGAGCUGUUUGUGGUCUUUUACUGACCAAGAGAGAUGUCAUGCAAGUGACAUGUUACAAGGCCUUCAGUGGAGGAUUUGGGGUUUUCACUAUUUUUUUCAGUGGAAAGCUUUGCUGCAGGCCGUACAAGAGAAAUUAGGGCAACAUGUAAGUAAUAGAAUACUCUUAAUUUAAUUCAGGCCUGAAGUGGUGUGCAAUUUUAGAGGCCUUGUCUUAAUAUUUUUAAUACUGCUUUUUUAUAUGUUUGGUUUUUUUUUUUCCCCAAAGGGACUGUAACUUCCUUCAUUUUUUUGACUGAUACAAGUGCUCCCCAUAGACCUGCAGAGAUGCUCUGCUCCAAGCCCCUGACAUGCAGUUUCAAAACACUAUGAUACUGAAGUUGCAUCUGUUGCCUGCCCCGAGUUUCUUUACUCUGUGCUAAAGAGGACUUGAGACGUGGCUUUAAACUGACCAUUUUCAGGGAUGGACCUGAAAACACAGACUGCAAAAACGUGAAAGCCUUGGCUUUUUGUGGGGCUUAUGAAAAGCUUUGUAGCACUCUUGUUACCUCUAGAGAAAGGGGAUGUUGAACCACCAAAACUGCCAGUUCAAACUCUUCACUGAAUUGAUGAAGUAAAUUGGUAAAAGGAAGAAUGAGGCUUGUGUUGGGUGUGCAGCUCCCCUGUUCUGGUGAUAGAUCUUUCAAUGAUCGUGAGUAAAACUACUGUCUCCCUCGUGCUGUCUGCAUCACUUGGUGUGAAGCAGCAAAUUGCUAUAAUUUAAUAUACUGUAUUUGCAACUUUCUCUCUAACAUGAGAUCGUGUUAUUUAUUUCUGUCUUGACCGGUGCUUUUGACAUUWUAUCAUGGCAGAUGGAUUCAAAGAAUAAAACACUUCCAACUUAAUUGGGCAAUUAUUCUUUUUUUUUUAAUUUAAAUUACAAACUGAAACAUACUUUUGUGACGUUAACAUGUUUCUGUUAAUAAUAAAUCAAAGUGGCAGUGAUGUGACAUUUUUUUCUAAAAAAAAAAGUAACUUUCUGUAGGACAAUGUCAUUUGCAUUGUCAAGAGUUAUUUCCCCUGAGUUAUGCCCACUGUUUACCUAUUCUCUACCCAAAUUCUGUCCAAGGAAAUGCAUUUUUAGUGAGGUUAAACUCAGAUGUCCAGAGCCCUGUGUAACUUGAGCUGGAAUUUAUUGAAUUCUAUUGAGGAAGAAAACUCUGGACAGUCUGGUUUCUAAAUCAUCGCAGGUUUGUGGCUUAUUCUGAGUCAGUCUGAAUAACUUAUCAGCAGUAAAAUCAAACCCAGURCUGUGCUUUCUGGGAGUAUCCCCACAAAAAGGGUGCUGUCUGUGCCUUUGGGCAAGGAAAGUCCAGAAAAGCCACAGCAGCUGCUGCCUGCUCAGGUAUUCCAGGAGCUGCCUGAGCCUCCUGCCCAGCCCUGUCAGUCCCAGCAG